ACAAUAUUCCGGUUAUUUGAAUGCAUCGAAAGGAAGACAUCAUUUCUAUUGGUUUGUUGAGAGCGAAUCCGACCCCCAAAACGCACCGGUAGUGCUGUGGCUGACGGGAGGGCCCGGAUGUAGCUCUCUAUACGGUAUGUUUACCGAAAACGGACCCUUUCGGGUCAAUGAAGACGGAAAGACACUAUCACUCCAUGACUUCGCGGCCAACAAAGUGGCGAAUAUGGUAUACAUGGAGUCUCCCGUUUCCACUGGUUUUAGUUAUGACGAGACGACUGACAAACCUUAUAAUAACGACGAGACCACCGCUUAUGACAACUACUUAGCCCUCGAAAACUUCUUUGUAAAGUAUCCGCAUUUGAAGAAAAAUCCGUUUUACAUAACGGGUGAGAGUUAUGGAGGCGUUUAUAUCCCAAUGUUAGCGCACGAAAUAUUCAAACAAAACUCAACCAUCAAUUUGAAGGGUAUAGCCGUUGGGAACUCAUUGCUUAAUGGAUUAAAAGAUAUCCAAUCUUCGCUGGAUUUUGUUUUAUUACACGGAUUAGUGACAACCGAUUGGUACGCGAAAAAGAUAGAGGCCUGUUGUGAGUGUACGGCCGGCACUCAACACGAGUGUGACUUCAGUAAAGCUCCCAAUAAA